AUGCGGACCCCUCUGGUGGCUAGCAAGGACCUGCACAUUCAUGAUGCCCGGCGCUGGCAGCUUUGCCGCCUGCCGAAGGAAGAGGGCACCGACUGCGACAUCCCAGACCAGCUUCCCUGUGUUCCCGAGAUCCGCGAAGCCUUCAAGGUGUUCGACCGGGAUGGCAACGGCUUCAUUUCCAAGCAGGAGCUGGGCACGGCCAUGCGCUCCCUGGGCUACAUGCCCAACGAGGUGGAGCUGGAAGUCAUCAUCCAGCGCCUCGACAUGGACGGCGACGGGCAGGUGGACUUUGAGGAGUUCGUGACGUUGCUGGGGCCCAAGCUGUCCACCUCGGGCAUCCCGGAGAAGUUCCAUGGCACGGACUUUGACACCGUCUUCUGGAAGUGUGACAUGCAGAAGCUGACGGUGGACGAGCUGAAACGGCUGCUGUACGACACCUUCUGCGAGCACCUCUCCAUGAAGGACAUUGAGAACAUCAUCAUGACGGAGGAGGAGAGCCACAUGGGCACGGCCGAGGAGUGCCCGGUCGACGUGGAGACCUGCUCCAGCCAGCAGAUCCGGCAGACCUGCGUGCGGAAAAGCCUCAUCUGCGCCUUUGCCAUCGCCUUCAUCAUCAGCGUGAUGCUCAUCGCCGCCAACCAGGUGCUGCGCAGCGGCAUGAAGUAG